UUGGCUUUCUAUCAUCUUCGGCUCAACUUGUAAACCGGAAGUGUUAGUUCACGUUUAAAACAACAUAAACAAAUGACUGCAGAGCUUCAGUUUCCAUCCCCUGCUCCUUUAAGACUUACUCUCAUCCACAGACAGUGAGCAAGCUUACAGGAAGGAAGGAUGAGGAGAUCCAGGGGUGGUGGUGGUGGUGGAGGUGGAGGUGGAGGUGAUGAUGCAGAGGCUCCCCGGCAGAACGGCUCCACCAGCCGGAAGACUUCACAGACCAGUGAUGGUGACGAAGCAGCUUUCAACCCCGGAGAGCUGCAGGACGACGACAACAACCCUGGACUCAGGAGAGAGAUACGGAGCAAAUACAGAGACCUAAUCAACACAAUACAACAGGAGAGGGAAGACAUGGUGAGUCUCUCCAACAACAGACUCACUGAAGUUUUAGAAGAAGCAAACAACCUUUUUAAAGAUGUCCGACAGGCGAGAGAAGCGGCUCUGGACGCUCAGCUCCUCGUCGUGGCCACAGACCUCGGGAAGGAGAAAGCCAGCCGGCUGUUUUCUGAGGGCACUGCGUUCGAUCCCACGGCGUACGCUGAACACCUUCUGUCCUUCAUGGGUCUGAACCGGCUUGAAGACGGGGAGGAGGAGCAGCAGCAGAACGGAGGUGUUGAUGGAUACCUGCCUCAGGACGCCUGGGACAGACUGGCCCGGAGAGCAGAGUGCUGCUUCAGGACGGCUCCCUCCUUCCACUUCAUGAGAGGCUCGUUCCACGCCGAGCCGCCUCCUCCCAAACAAAAGAUAGAGCGGCAAAGGAAGGCGCCGAGCAAGGAGACGAAGAGGAUCAUGCCGACCGAGCUGAAGAAGAUGGAGGACUCUCAGCAAGACGCGACGGUCAAAGAGGUGGAGAGGAUCCUGGGAUAUCUGAAGAGUUAUCACCAGGACGACCCAACAUCCCCGAUCUCCUAUUAUGAGUUUGUCAUCGACCCCAACUCUUUCUCCCGGACGGUGGAGAACAUCUUCCACAUGUCGUUCCUGAUCAGGGACGGUCUGGCUCGGAUGUAUCUGGAUGAUUCCAAGUUGCCGUGUAUAGCUCCUGUGGAGGAGGGAGAGGUGGAGGCUGGAGCCUUAUGCAGCCGUAAACAAGGCAUCGUCUCCAUCAGCCCAAAGAUAUGGAAGGAUCUCAUAAAAGCCUUGGACAUCACGGACACGAUGAUACAGCCUCCUAAGUCUCAGGAUGAGUGACGGACCUGCUGCUGGAACAUUUGGUUUUUACAUGCAUCCCUGUUUUUUUACAUUUCCAAACAGUAUACUGUUUGAUAUUUGCUGAAGCAAUGUCCAAACCUGAAGUCAUUAUGACUCAAAAAUCACAUUUAAUUUUAAUUUUUUACUGUUUUUAAAAGUUUAAAUAUUAAAGGAGAGAGAAGAGGAA